GUCUGAAUCGGCCGGAAACGAGGCUGAAGGUCACGAGGAUCGUCCUGAAGAUAAAUUUGAGACUAACACGAUUCCUCCGAUUUAGAAGCCUUGUGUAGCGCAAGCGUCCCGUAAACGCCCCCUGCUAACCCUCCAUAGGAACCGCUUGUACUCUCAAUCCCGCGCGGAUCGAGCGAAGCCUACCGAGGAGGUGGUGUGACCGACCGCGGGGUUUCAACCCAAAACCAGAAGAUAAUAACCUAGUAUUAUUUGCCACUGACACAAACGCAUUGUCAAGUGUGUCGGCAAGCAACCCUCGGCUGGAAGAAUUCGGGUCUCUGACUUGGCUUGUGGAGAUAUUCAACUCUGCCAUGUUGAAACCACAGCAACCCAGCUCAAGUGGGCGAAAAACGUCAAAUGGGACCUCCGGGUCAAGCACUAUGUCUUCCGCAGCAAGUGGGAUCAACGCUAGCAACAGAACAACGGUCGGGAGGAGUCGGUCGGUGAAACCACCUUUCCAGUCUCCUCCAGUGUUUGAGGGAGUAUAUAACAAUGCCAGAAUGCUUCACUUCCUGACUGCCGUAGUGGGCUCCACUUGUGACGUGCGAGUGAAGAGCGGCACGGCGUACGAAGGCAUCUUCAAGACACUCAGCUCACGGUGUGAGCUGGCGGUUGACGCCGUGCACCGGCGCGAUGACGACACCUCCACGCUGCUCCCCAGGAGAGAGGAGAUCACAGACACCAUGAUCUUCAGCCCCAACGACCUUGUCACCAUGACCUGCAAGGACGUGGACCUCAACUAUGCCACGAGAGACACGUUCACAGACACGGCCAUCAGCUCUGGCCGGGUGAACGGCGAGCACAAGGAGAAGGUCCUGCAGCGGUGGGAAGGAGGAGACAGCAAUGGAGAGAGCUACGACCUGGAGACCGAUGCCGUUACCGGAGUAAGUUCCAAUGGCUGGGAUGCCAACGAGAUGUUCCGCUUCAACGAAGAGAACUACGGAGUCAAGUCCACAUACGACUCCAGUUUGUCUAUGUACACUGUUCCCUUGGAGCGGGGGAACUCUGAUAACUACCGUCAGCGGGAGGCGCGGGCGGCGCGUCUGGCCAGCGAGAUCGAGUCCAGCCCUCAGUACCGCCACCGCGUGUCGCUGGAGAACGACGACGGCAAGACGGAGGAGGACAAGUACAGCGCGGUGGUGCGGGACGCCGCGGGAGCGGAGAGGGAGCGCGGCAGGGAGAGCCCCCGCGACCGCGAGAGGGACCGGGAGCGCGGCAGGGACAGCCCCAGUGGGGGGAGCAGAGAGGGCAAGUACAUCCCGCUGCCCCUGCGUGCCCGUGAGAUGGGCGGUUCCGGCGGAGGCCUGAGGGGGGAGAGAGGAGGCGAGCGCUCCGAACGAGGAGGAGGCCGCGGCGGGUACCACCCCAGCCGCUCCACACCCCCCAGCUCGUCUCCGCGCCCACCGUUGCCCCCGGCGACCUCCCAGCCACCCAGCACGCCCUCCGAGCGCGGCAGCCCCCUCUCAGGCAGGGGGGGGUACACGCCCAGCAGCCCCCCAUCCACACACACACACCCACCCCACCCCACUGUCCCACACUCACACUCCCACCCACACGCGCUGUCUGACGCCGGGAGACCUGUCAACGGAGUCCCGUCAAGAACCUCCCCAAAGUCUCAGAGACCCCACCAGCCCAACCGACCAGUCCGCCCCUCCAACACACACACCCCCUCCACAGCGUCUCGUUCCCCCAAGUCAGACCCGCCCUCCCAGGACCCCUCUGCUCCUUAUAUGGAGUCCGUCGCCAUGGCGAAGCAGAAGCCCACUGGCCCCGCGCCUCUGUUCCCUGUAGAUGUGAAUGAAAUUCUGAGCGCAGCAGGAAAGGAGCGAGCAGCAGCAGCAGAAGCCGCAGCCGCAGCCGCAGCCAGUCCCGAGGACGGCAAGAGCAGCAAAGCUCCCUCAGCACAACAGCGCUCUCAAAUUGAGGAGCUCCGCAAGUUCGGCAAAGAGUUCAGGCUCCAGCCCAGCGCGGGUGGCCCCAGCUCUCCCAGUGCCGCAGCAGCAGCCGCCGCCGCCACAGGGGCCCCGGGCCCCGCCGAGGCCCCCCAGCCUGGCGCAGUGAAGGCCCCCUCAGCAGCAGAGCCCCCCAGCCCUGCAGCGGACGCCAAGCCCAGCCUGGCCCAGAUCCCACCCAACCAGCCCCCCGCCCCCACCUCGCCCGCCGAGGACACCCCCAAAGACAAGGAGGCCGCCGCCACGCCCGCCCCGAGCCUGCCCGUCUCAGACAGGCAGUCACCAGCCACCCCGCAGCCUGCCAGGACCCCGGGGCCGGAGGAGGGAAGGCCAGAGACCCAGGAGGGCGUGACAGAUCAAGUGAAGAGGUCUACGCUGAACCCCAACGCCAAAGAGUUCAACCCCAACAAGCCUCCUAUGACCCUGACGAAGCCCACCCCUGCCCCGACCCCUCCGCGUCCGACCCCCCCCAGUCCGUCUGUGGUGCAGCUCCAGCACCCAGGAGGCCAGGGCCCCAUGUACGGCACCCCCUACCUGUCGUACGUCUCUCAGUUCCCGACGGUACAGGCUCAGCAGAUGUACCAGUACCCCAUGCAGGCGGUUAACCAGGGCAAAUACCCCCGGGCCAAAGGUUCAGUGGUGGCCCAGAGGUCUGACCACAGCUCAUCGGCGCCCCCUAUGCUCCAGGCUGCCUCUGCAGCAGGCGCGCCCCUGGUGGCCUCGCCCUACUCCCAGUCCUACCUGCAGUACAACCCCCCGCAGUACGGCCAGCAGCAGGUCAUACAGGCCAUGAGCCCCUACCCUGGACAGCCUAUGUACUCCAUGCUGCAGGGUGGGGCCCGGAUGAUUGGCUCCGGUGGGGGUCACCCUCAGGCCCUCGGCCCCCCAGGAGGGCCCCAGUUCCCUGGGCAGAAUGAGGGGCCACAGGGCCCGCAGCAGGGCAUCUAUGCUCCUCAGUCGUUCUCUCAUCAUGCAGGUUCAGUUCAUCAGCCUCAGCCCUCCAGCACUCCCACUGGUAGCCAGCCCCCACCCCAGCACUCUGCUCCCAGCCCUGGACAGACGGGUCAGUCGGGCCCCCAGCCUCAGUCUCUGUACCACUCUGGCCCCAUGUCUGCCCCCACCCCCCCUAACAUGCCCCCGGGACACAGCUCCCCUCAGGCCUCCUACCCCCUGCAGGGCUACAGUCUGCACGGGCACCAGGGCAUCCAACACGCCUACACGUCCCUGGGACAGAUCGCACAGGCUCAUGUUCAGGGCCCCAUGUCUGGGCCCCAUCCCCAGGGGGGUCAUGGCCCCCACCCCCAGAUGUUGAUGCUGCACGCUCAGCCCCAGGCAGGCCCUGGCUCUGCCCAGCACCCCCAGCACGGCCCCCAGCAGGGCCAGCCUCACUUCACCUACAUACACCCCCAGGCCGUUCAGGUCCAGCAUCAUCCCUCCCAGCAGCUUCCCUUCAAUCCCCCUGGCAACUGAGUUCUUCAACUCGUUGACUCCUCCUCCCCCCUUAGGCCACGCCCACCCACAAGAAGACUCGGACCAAUCAAGGGAUGGGGGCAUAGUUGGGGGAUUGGCCUUGUGUUCCUCAUGUGUGUGUCCUAAGUCCCUAUACCCCCCACCCCCUCUCUUUGUCAUACACUACAGACUGAUGAGAAUCCCACCCCACCCCACCAUGGAGGAAUUUCUGAAAGAGGUGUCCCAAAAUCCUUACCUACGCCCCCUCCCCUACCCCUUCUCCCCUUCCCCCACCCCCUUCGUUUUUAGGAGAAGACGCUGUCGCCUCAGCAGAGGGAAGCACAACCACGCUGACGAGAGUCUCAAAGUACUACCGCCCCCUAGUGACGGGGGGAACAAAAGAUUUUUUUUUUUUUUUUUUUUUUUUAGAUCAACUUUUCUUCUGUUCAGAUGAACAGGAGGAGGGUGAAAGAGCGGAGAUGGCUUCAGAGCCAAGGAGAACAACGCAGAGAAGAGAGAGAAGAGCCUGAAGCCGAUAAACGAGUGGAACAGAGAGAUGAAGGCUGAACGAGAGAGAGACAGAACAUUUUCCAUGUUCAAGAAAAUAAAAAAGAAGUCCCUUUUUUGUUUUGUUUUUUAGCAGUACCUCCCUGACCUUCACCUGAACUCUGAACUUUGACCCCUAGACCUAUUUCCUUCCAUCCACACCUCGCCCUUAUCGUAGGGAAAAACAAACAAUAAAAAAAACAUGGAAAACACAGAAAAACAAUUAAAAACAAUGACCAAAAAAUAAAUAAAUAAAAAUUUUAAACUUUA